CAGCCGGCUUGAUAAGAUUAUUCAAAUUAUCUCAAGUCGAGUAGUGAAUGAUCAUAUCCCAUCUUUGCAUACCUAGCUAAAGUUGCAUUCAUUUACGCGAGAGGAAAUAAACGUUGUCUAGCGUUAUCUAAAACACCUUAAAAGUUGUAAAAAUGGAACUGUCUGUUAGGAAUAAGAAAAUAGUUGUUACUGGAGCGGGACAAGGUAUUGGGAAUGAGUUGUGCAAAACGCUUGUUGGAAUUGGCGCAAGGGUGAUUGCGGUUUCUCGAUCACUGGGUCCGUUGGAAGCCCUUCAAAAGGAAUGCCCUUCUGUGGAGAUCAUUCAGGUGGAUCUGAGCGAUUGGAAUGCCACCAGAUCAGCAUUAGGGAAAAUCGAUCAGGUUGAUGGGCUGGUUAAUAACGCGGGAAUCGCCGUCAUAAACUCAUAUGACGAACUAACCGAGAAGGACUUUGAUGAUACAUUUAAUAUCAACAUCAAAGCUGCGUUCAACGUGUGCCAAAUUGUGAUUCCCAAGAUGGGUCCCGGAUCGAGUAUCGUCAACGUGUCUUCCUUGGCUGGAUUGAAAUCGUUCCAGGGGCAUUGCGUGUAUUCAAUGACCAAAGCGGCGAUGGACUCCAUGACGAAAAGCUUAGCCUUGGAAUUGGGUCCGCGGAAAAUUCGCGUAAACAGUGUCAACCCGACGGUUAUUUUAACUCGGAUGGGACGCGACAACUGGAGCGAUCCAGCUAAGGCCGGUCCACUGCUGGCGAAAAUCCCUGCCGGGCGGUUCGGUGAAGUUAGCGAAGUUGUGGAGCCGAUCGUUUUCCUGUUGAGCGAAAAAUCGGCGUAUAUUAAUGGACAUUGUAUGCCAUUAGAGGGUGGUUAUUUGGUGGGAAACUGAUACCCAUCAUUCUUAUUCAAGUAAUUUGAAUUUGGUAUACAUAUACUUCGAAAAUAGUCAACGAUUAAGAAAAGGAUUGGGUAAAAUAAAUACAGUUCUCUCAUAAAA